AUGAUCGGGCAACCUAUGCCUCCUUGGACACAAGAAGCAAUGCUCUCGCUCGGGGGCUGGAAUCACUGGGUGUUGGGAAGGGGGAGCGGGUUGGAGUCAUGCUUGGGAACUCGAUGGAAUACGCUGUGGUACGUUGGGUGCCCGUGGAAAUGGACAGGAAGCAAGGCUAAUAUCCGUGGCCAGGCAACAUACGCGUUAUUCAAACUUGGCGCCGUUUUAGUUCCGCUCAAUCCGUCUUUUAAUACUACACAAGUGAUUGCGGCCCUAGGUCACCUGGAAUCCAGUCAUCUCCUAAUCAGCACAGAGUCCAAUCUUCCCCGAAAAAAACCACGCAGCAAUGUUCCCUUACUCGAUGACCUUGUCGAAGACCUCCGCAAGUCAAACUUGGAGUCCGCAUCGGUCCCUUCUCUGAGAAAUAUCAUUGUGGUCGACAACUCUGAAGGCCGCGUGGAUAUAUCGUCCUAUAAAAGCUUGACGCAGUAUUCAUCUAUUAUGUCUCAGCUUACUGCAGACGGCCGCCCGCUUUCUCCUCGAGACCUUUCGCCGGAUGAAACUGUGAAUAUCCAGUUCACCUCAGGAACCACAUCAAUGCCCAAGGCAGCGUGCCUCACCCAUCGCUCCAUUCUGAAUAAUGGCUCUCAGAUUGGUGAUCGCAUGCUUCUAACGCCGAAUGAUAUUGUCUGUUGCCCACCGCCGAUGUUUCAUUGCUUCGGCAGUAUAUUGGGCUAUAUGGCAACAGCAACCCACGGCUCAGCCCUCGUGUUACCCAGUGAAUCCUUCAAUGCUCGCGCUGCGUUAAAGGCUGUUCAAGAAGAGAAAUGUACCGCGCUAUACGGUGUACCGACAAUGUUUCUCGAGGAGCUCAGCAUGAUCGAGACGGGAGAAAUCUCCAGCGAGGGAUUCCAACAUCUUCGCACGGGAAUCAUCGCUGGAAGCAGUAUUCCUGCAGAGGUAAUGAAAAAACUGCAUAAGGUACUGAAUCUGACUGAAUUGACUAUUUGUUACGGAAUGACGGAAACAAGCCCCGUCUCCGCUAUGACAACGACGGAUGAUCCCAUUGAUAAGCGGAUAUACUCGGUCGGAAGGCUCAUGCCAAAUGUCGAGGCAAAGAUCGUGGACCCGGUGGACAAAAAGGAGAUUCUGCCUAUAGAGAGACGGGGUGAGUUGGCAGUGAGCGGGUACCUGCUCAUGAAGGAAUAUUGGGCCGAUCCAGAAAAGACCGCGGAGGUGAUGAUUCCAGAUGACUCUGGCAAGGUGUGGAUGCAUACUGGAGAUGAAGCUUCUAUGUCACCAGAUGGAUAUAUCACUAUCACCGGACGGAUCAAAGAUCUGAUCAUCCGCGGCGGUGAGAAUAUACACCCGCUAGAGAUUGAGAAUUGCUUGCUAGCCAACAAUGCCAUUGCAGAUGUGUCUGUCAUCGGCGUCCCCGACGUGAGAUAUGGCGAGGCAGUGGCUGCUUUCGUUGUUCUUCGGGACCACGGCUCAAAGACAGUCACUGCUGAGGAAAUUCAGCAAUGGGUGCGUGAAAAGCUUAGCAACCACCUUAUUCCGAAGCAUGUCUUCUUUUUGGGCCCCUUGGAGCCUUUCCCCAAGACAGCAAGUGGAAAGAUCCAGAAGUUCAAGCUCAGGGAGAAGGCCAUUGCACUUUUGGCCAAGAGCGCUGCAUGA